AUGUCGCAAGAUACUGGGCUUUUCAGUAUUAAGCGCCCCCGAGAAACUCUCGGAAGUGUGCAAAAUUUCUCCGCCAUCCCACAACCGCAGUCGGCACUGAAACGCGCAAGCUCUAUCGGAUUCCAAAACCCCCAGUUCAGCUCUCAGAACCACCGAACUUCCUUGAUGGGCUCCACUGGUCGCCCGCAGCAGCCCAAUUUUACGCGCAUGUCAAUUGGUGGACCAUAUGGCGCUGAUGCCGGUCUUUCGUCUGUUCGCCGCUCAGUGUCUAGCAACAUGUUCACUGGAGCCAGUGCCAGUCGGCAGAGCUACGCGCCAGGGUCUCUUUCCUCGAAUCCGGCGCCUCCUCAGAACCCACAGCGCAGAAGCAGUGUAUUUUCACGACCGUCAACUGGUGGAGGGCCUAUGGGACAUCAAUCAUUCUUCACUCAAGUUCCUACCGUGGCUGGUGUUCCCAGAGACCCGCGCCCUCUCAGAGACCGAGCUUUCCAGGCACGAAUUGGCCAGGAACUGUUGGAAUAUUUGACUAUUCAUGGGUUCGAGUUGGAGAUGAAACAUUCCUUGGGGCAGAAUACUCUUCGCUCACCAACCCAAAAGGAUUUCAACUUUAUCUUCCAGUGGCUCUACCAUCGGAUCGAUCCAGGAUACAAGUUCCAAAAAGCAAUGGACUCCGAAGUACCGCCAAUCCUGAAACAGCUAAGAUACCCGUAUGAGAAAGGCAUUACGAAGUCACAAAUCGCAGCCGUUGGUGGCCAGAACUGGUCAACAUUCCUCGGAAUGCUACAUUGGUUGAUGCAAUUGGCACAGAUGAUGGAUCGCUAUCAAUCUGGCGAGUAUGAUGAUGCCUGCGCUGAGGCGGGUGUCGAUGUCACCGGUGAUCGCAUUAUUUUCCGCUUCCUCACUCAAGCUUAUCAUGAUUGGCUACAGGGUGGUGAAGAUGAAGACGAUGACACCGCGGAGAAGCGGUUGAUUCCGCACGUUGAAAGCAUGUCGCGAGAAUUCGCCCAUGGCAACGAGCGGUACGUACAGGAAAUGGAGGCACUAGAGGUGGAAAAUCAGGCACUUCGUGACCAAAUCGAGGAAGUGGAGAAGAGUGCUCCUGACAUCGCCAAGUUGGAUAAACAUUUCCGUAUCUUGGAGGAUGAUAAGAGAAAAUUUGAGGAUUAUAACCAGAACGUCAAGGGCAAAAUUGAAAAAUACGAGACUCGCAUCAAAUUCCUUGACGCGGAGAUCCAAAAAACCGAUGCCGAUCUCCAGGCCACUGAAUCUGAGCGUUCCGAUCUCCAGGCAAGUGUUGAUCGUCAAGGCAUCACUAUCCAGGAUAUCGACCGCAUGAACUCCGAGCGCGAACGUCUGCAGAAGAAUCUCGAGGAUACCGUGGCUCGCCUAGAAGAGGCCCAUGCCCGUGUUAUGGAGAAGGAAGCGGAAGCCAGCCAGAAACUGGAAGAUCUGGAACAGAUCGUGAAAGCUUACAAUACUCUUGGCUACCAAACUAGCUUGAUUCCUGCAGCUGCCGAGAACGCCAAGGGCCAAGACUAUGAGCUUAGGCUGAAUAUUAAUGAGAGCAAUUUCUCCGCGAGCCAGAUUGGUGGUCCUCCUAACCGAAUUUCUCCGGAGGGGGACCGCCUACUGGCGGAGCCUUUCACUGGCUACCACCCGGCUCAUUUGCUCAGUUUGGAUCUACGGGGCUCAGUCCGAAACAGCCUGCAGGCACUCCGAAAAGAGAUCAACGAACGACGGAAGCAAGGGAUCGAUGACGACCUUGACCGUCGCAAUCUACUCGAUAACAUCAAAGAGGCAAUGGACGAGAAACGAAGCGAGGUCGAGGCCCUAGAGCACCGACGCCGGGCAGCAGAAGAAGAGUUUGAACGAACAAAGGAAAUAACGACUACUCAGAAGCUGGCCUCCGAUGCCCAAAUUGAGAAGAUGGAGAAAGAGUUGGCGAAGAUGCGCGCUACGCUCAGUGACAGUGUACAGUUGAUGGAGCAGCGCGAGAUGAACACCAAUAUCGAAUAUGAACAACUGACGCUUCGGGCAAAUGCUCUCCGAGAGGAGUUGCACACUAACGUCGAAACAAUGCUUAACGAUGUGAUUCGCUUCAAAGUACAUGUUCAAAAAGGUCUUGAGGACUACGAGAGCUUUGUUGUCGACGAGGUGGAACAAGAGCUUGGAGGCGAAGAGGUUCUCGAAGAGGAGCUUUAA